AUGUCUGGAACCAACAACUCCGCUGCUACUCCUUCAUACCUCGAUAAGGCCAAGGAUGCCAUGCAUUCUGUUGUUGGCAAUUUGACCGGCCACGAUGACAAAGAGACUGCUUCCAAGUCUUUCGUCCCCAAAGUCUCCUCAGCUUGCACUGCUGCCGCCGAGAAUGUUUGUGGAGAUUGUGAGACUACAACCAAGUCGAUGAAGGAUACUGAGGGCUCUACUCAGAAGACUGCCAUUAAGGCUAUGAAGGAUACCGAUGGUGCUAUCCAGAUGACCAUUGGGGAAGCCGCUGAUAUGGGCGGUGCCUGUAAGUCUAAGGCUGCUGAAGCCGGUGACGCCAUCAAGAAGGUUUUUUCAGAUGCCGAGAAAAAUGUCGAGGCCUGUGACAUUAUGAAGAAAUCUUCUUCAGAAGCUGGUAAAAACGUUAUUUCAGAAGAUGAAAAAGUCGACUCCAAGGUCCUUGAUGAUUCUGCUAAGAAGGUCGAAAUGAAGAAGGAUGCACACAUGCACAAAUCUUCGGCUGAUCCUAAAUUGAUGGAUGGCGCUUCUGAUACCAAAGCUGAGAAGAUGGAUAUCGAGGAGAAAUCUGCUGAGAAGGCAGAUCACAAAGCUUCCCAUAAGAUGAUGGACGACAAGAUGGACAACAAGAUGGACCACAAAAAGAUGGAUCCUAAGAUGAUGGAAGAUGAGAAGAGGGAGAAGACCCCUAUCGAGAAGCAGGCUACUGCAGCUGACAAGAUGGAUGACGUUUCCGAGAACGCCGCUUGUGCCAUGGAGGGAUCGUCUUGCGGCAAAGUUGUUCGCGACUUACCUUCUGAUAUGCAUAAGUAUGAGGUAGGAGAGCAGGUGUGCUCCAAGAACGGUUCCGCCGAUAUCGAUAUCGAUACCAAGGGCUGUUAG